UAAAAGGGUAUGUAUGGGCGUGGGGAGCAAGUAUUCCACAGACAGGGACGCCGAUUAGUUAGAGUAGUUGACAAUUAGGCAACGAAAACUCCGCGAAAAUUUGGAUCUUCAGCGAGAAACAUUGGAUGCUAGUUUUAAAAAAGAUUACGUAGGUUGAUAUAUUUUCAAAGGAAACAGAGAGAUGGAAGAAGAAGAGAGUGAAAAAUCCCCACAAUUGGUGCGAGUCCUUGAAGCUCUGAAAGAAGCCACCCACGACAUCCAACGACACCACUCCUCGGAUUCCCCAGCCAUAAAGGCACUCCUGGAACUCCACUCCAUUCUCUCCUCCUCGGACCCCUACCUCUCCGCUCUCUCCGACCACCUCAUCCGCCUCAAAACCCUCGUCCACUCUCUCAACCACUCCAAUGGCCUUCUAUCCUUCCUCACUCGCCCCCUCUCCACUCUCUCCCUCUCACGCCUCGCCUCCCAAAUCGAGUCCGAAAUCCAAUCCUGGAUCGACCGCGAAACUCUCCACACCCUCUCCUCUUCUCUACGAAACCCUAACAAUAACCACGAAUUUGUCUCCUUGUUGACUCAGUCCAUUUACCGUGUCUCGCAGGGCUUCAAUCGCGAGUUGCAGGACCUGGUUCUCAAACUAAAGCUCUUCUCAUCGCUGGAGUCGGUUCUGUUCGACGAUAAGUGUUCGAUCCCGGUUCGGGAACAGGCCGGUCUGGCUGUCUCCGCGUUAAUCCGGUUCAAUAAAGACGUGUUCGUGGGCCAGGUUCUGAUGGGCCCCACCGUCCGGGCUUUGGUCUCGAUGGGCUCUGUUCUGUCCCUUGAGGUGCUGUGUUCACUCAUCAGGUCCAUUAGGUCUCCUCUGGUGGACGAGAUCGAGAGCAACGGUGACAUUCCGAAUAUUAUCGCGAUGUUGAAUUCGGAAGAUCUGGAACUGCGUGUUGUUGCGUUGGGGUGCGCGCUGGAGAUAGGGUACUUCGGGCGGAAGGAAGCGGUGGAGGCGAUGAUGAAGGAGGGGUUGGUGGAGAAGCUGGUGGAGUUGCAGAGGUCGGAGAAAGGUGGGGAUUUGAUUGAGAUUGGAAGGGAAAAGGUUAGUGGGGUUUUGGAGAGAAAACCUUUUGCGAGCUGCGUGGCGAGGUUUGCGGUGCAGUUGGAAGUUGGGGAAGGGUUGCGGCAGAGAGAAAAGAGGGCUUUUAAACCUGAGAUUUUGAUCAGAGUUAGAGACGCCUCUGUUUCUGAAGCCGAAGCUGCCACCAUUGCUGCUGAGGUUUUGUGGGGUUCCAGCCCAUGAAAACUGAACUUCUUCUUCCAAGUAUAAAAGAACUUCAAUUCGAGACCACCGGUUAAACUCAACAAUUAAUCGAUUAUGUAUACUAUAGGUUUAAUUUGUCCUGUGUUGUAUCAUGUAUGUACAGAUUGGGUUUUAGGAACGGGGAGUUCAAUUCAUCAAAUGUGUAAUUAUUGAUUCUUUCUUCACCCACUGGUCACUGGAGGUGAAUAAUGCAUGUGAAGAAUCGAGUUUGUCAUGUUGAUAUGUCAUUGAUGGCUUGUCUCUUUUACUUACGCUUAAAAUCACUAGUAAGUGUUAUGCAUCGGUUUUAA